CAACUUUACCACUGAACACCAUCACAGCUGGUCAUCUCACAAAGGGAUUUUUAUUAUCAAUUAUGACGGGAUAUUGUUAACCGCUCCACUCUAUCUUAUCAUUGUUACUGUGGUUACAGGUAGAAAGGUGCGUCUGUUUCACUUCUUAUUUGAGAUGCUGGAGAACCUUGGCAUGGCCCACUGUGUUUCCUGGGUGCCAGCGGCAGCAGACGGAGUGUUCCGCUUCUCUUCCCGGAACAAGGAACAGGUAGCAGCACUCUGGGGGCAGAGGAAAGGCAACAGGAGGCCCAUGACCUACCAGAAGAUGUCCAGGGCGCUGAGGAACUACGCCCGGUCUGGAGAGAUCUUCAAGGUGAAGAAGAAACUGACCUAUCAGUUCAGCAGAGCGACCUUGAGUGCCUUGAGGAAGUGCCAUCAGGGAAAACUGUAAAGGACACAUUUUCACAUGAAAAACUGUAAUCUAUUGUAAAUAUCAAUCAUCAAUUCGAUCAUCAUCAAUUCAAUCAUCAAUCAUUUGAAGACUGACUUGAUUUAGUCUGUCGAUUUGUAUCAGUAGCUAGGCCUGCUGUGUGAGAUUUUACACAGACAGAGGUAUAUGACUGGCAUGUAGUGUAGGAUUUUGCUAUAGGAUACUAAACUGACUGUACAAAGCAUUAAGGACACCUGU